AUGGUAAACUUGAAAGACAAACACAAUCGACCAGUGCCUUGUAGAAUCAUACUAGACACCGCCUCAACAGCUAAUUUCAUUUCGGAAAAAUUGGUAAAAACCCUGGGAAUUCCAAAAAAGGCUUGUUCUGUACCAGUCGGAGGUCUCAACGGGCUCUCCACUCAUACUAAGCAUCUCGUGUCGGUAAAAUUACAAUCGAUGAAUCGAAAAUAUCAAGGAGAAUUUCAAUGCUUGACAAUUCCGCAAAUCUGCGGCCUUACCCCAACUCAAACCAUUCAACGGGAAUCCAUCAAAAUACCUCCAAAUGUCCAACUGGCCGAUCCAGAAUUUUAUAAACCGCGACCUGUAGACAUGUUACUCGGCUCGGGACCGAGCCUGUUGUUAUUUACCGGCGGGCAAUACCACCUCAGCAAUGAUGGCAGACCCAACAUUAUAUUACAAAAAACUCGACUAGGCUGGGUGGUCGGUGGAAGCAUAACCAAUCAUUCAACACUACAACAAGCCUUUAAUAUAAAUACCAAUUUUGAUCUAAGUAGAUUUUGGGAAAUAGAACAAGGUACAGGUAUCAAACAAUUGUCACCCAACGAAAAAGCUGCUGAAGAUCAUUUCAUGAAACACCACAUCAGGAAUAGUGAAGGGAGAUAUGUGCUCGCGUUACCGUUCAAAAAUUGCCCAUCAGAAUUGGGUGAAUCAAGAGAUCUGGCUCUCAAACGCUUCAAGGCAUUGGAAGUUAGACUCAACAAGGACGUCAAUCUGAAGAACCAAUACGAAGCAGUCAUGAACGAAUAUUUAAUGCUAAAUCAUAUGUCCAAGGCUAUCAAUACUGAUUCUCCUGGCUAUUAUCUACCCCAUCAUGCUGUAUUCAAAGAAAGCAGCAACACAACCAAGUUGAGAGUAGUUUUCGAUGCUUCAGCAAAAACUACCACAGGCAUAUCUUUGAAUGAUUCUCUCUUGACUGGACCCACAAUCCAAGACGACAUUUUUUCUUUAAUGAUUAGGUUCAGAACACACCAAUACGUCCUCACUGCAGAUAUUGAGAAAAUGUAUAGACAGUUUCUAAUACGCCCAGAAGAUCGCAAAUUUCAACGAAUUUUCUGGAAAGACGAACAAAAUCAUUUAGUUACAUAUGAAUUAAACACAGUGACAUUUGGACUAUCAGCAGCUCCCUUUCUCGCCAUCAGAUCUUUGCAACAAUUAGCCAAGGAUGAAGCAACCCGUUAUCCAACCGCAUCACAGAUAAUACAGCGAGACAUGUACGUGGACGAUCUCUUAACUGGAUUUGAUUCAAUCGAAGAAGCCAUAAAUGCAAGGAACCAAAUCACCCAUUUAUUAAAAAAAGGAGGACUCAACCUACGUCAAUGGGCAUCAAAUGAACCAAGGUUACUUGAAGGAUUACCAAAAGAAGGAAUCAACCAACAUCUAUCAUUGGGUGGCGAUAAAACCUUGAAAACAUUAGGAAUUUCAUGGAACUCUGAAAAUGAUAGCAUCAAUUACACCACCAAGCCUAUAAAACAAAAAGAAGUAAUCAGUAAACGUACAAUUUUAUCAGAAGUCGCCGCAAUUUUUGAUCCUUUGGGACUACUAGGUCCAAUCAUUUUAAAGGCAAAAACUAUAAUUCAACAGUUAUGGCUAGCUAACGUCGACUGGGAUGAACCUAUACCUCUCCAUAUCGCAACAAUAUGGACUGACUUCUGUAACCAGUUGUCGCUGAUUAACGAAUUGGAAUUUGAUCGAAAAACCCUUAUCAAACACUCAGUCAAUAAUGAAAUUCACGGUUUUUGUGAUGCCAGUGAAGUAGGUUAUGGAGCCUGUAUCUACCUCAGAUCAAUUAAUUCUAAGGGAAAUGUUAAAAUCACUUUACUAUGCGCCAAAUCCCGAGUAGCACCUUUAAAAACAAUCAGCAUUCCACGUUUAGAACUAUGUGGUGCUCAAACUCUAGCUAACCUAUACCAAUCGGUAAAAGACUUCAUAAACAUCCCUAUCUCCAAGACAGUCCUCUGGACUGAUUCUAUGAUUGUUCUACACUGGAUCCAGACCCCACCUCACACGUUGAAAACAUUUGUUCAAAAUAGAAUCACCGAAAUCCAACAUCUAACUGAAAAUUGCAAAUGGAAACACGUAUCAUCAGGAGACAAUCCUGCUGAUGCCUUGUCCAGAGGACAACUGCCCAUUGAAUUCAUAAAAAACCACCUCUGGACCACUGGGCCCACUUGGUUAACUCUUCCAAGUGAGCAGUGGCCAGACCGGCCAUUACAAGCGCCAACUGUUGAUAAAGAAACAAAACAAAUAACUUGUUUAAAAACCAUCAUUGAUUUAUCAUUGUUUAACACCUUUCACUCGUUUGACAAAUUAAUCCGCACGUUCGCUUACUGUUAUAGAUUCAUUUCGAGAAAGAAAGAUCGACGUUGGCAAGGGCGAGUGACAUUAGUUGAAUUAAGGGAAACUGAAGCUCGCAUCAUCAAACUCAUCCAACAUCAAGCCUUUCAAGAAGACAUCCAAAGUCUUCAACAGACGAAGGCAGCACCCCAGCGUCAAUCCAUCAGACUGAAACAAUUGACUCCUUUUCUCGAUGAUCAAGGCAUAUUACGUGUGGGAGGAAGACUAGAGAAUGCGCAGAUAUCAUUUAAUCAACGGCAUCCAAUAAUUUUACCACAUACUGGUAUCAUUCCUGAAUUGAUCAUCUCUAAAUCUCAUCUCGAUAAUUGUCACUCUGGAGUUCAAAGCACACUUUACAACAUUAGACAUAACUACUGGAUUCUCAAUGGUAGAAAUUCCGUCAGAAAAAUAAUCCGAAGAUGCUCUACUUGUUGUCGAGCAAAUCCGCCUACAACACAUUAUAUCAUGGGCAACUUGCCAACAGCUCGAGUUUCUCAAACCAUCAGACCUUUCGUCAAUGUGGGUGUUGAUUAUUGCGGCCCUUUUUUGAUUAAAGAAAAGAAGUACCGUAAUCGAGGACACGUGAAAGUUUAUGUUGCGGUUUUCAUAUGUCUUGCCGUAAAAGCCGUUCAUCUCGAGCUAGUCAGCGACCUCACGACAUCUGGAUUUUUAGCAGCCUUGGAUAGAUUCAUUUCAAGGAGAGGAAGACCCACAUCGAUAGAAUCAGACAACGGAACAAAUUUCACAGGCGCCAACAACGAGAUGAAAGCCAUCAUCAAUGAAUUGAAAGAGUCACAGCAAGACGACAUAAUAUCCCGCGAACUCAAUAAGCAAGGCAUUCAAUGGAAAUUCACACCCCCACUUUCUCCACAUUUUGGCGGAAUAUGGGAAGCGGCCGUCAAAUCUUUUAAGCAUCAUCUAAUUCGAGUUACAAGAAACACUUCAUUGACAUUUGAGGAAUUAAACACAUUAAUCAUUAAAAUUGAAGGGAUUCUCAACUCCAGACCGAUCACACCAAUGUCAGCAGACCCUAAUGAUCUUCAAGCUCUCUCACCUGGUCACUUCCUAAUCGGUACCACAUUCACGAGUAUCCCUGAGAGAGACUUCACAGAGGAAAAAAUCAACACAUUAUCAAGAUGGGAAUUAAUACAAAAAAUGAAACAGGAAUUCUGGUGCAGAUGGAACAAGGAAUAUCUAAACGAACUCAACAUACGAAAGAAAUGGACUACGGGAACUCACAACAUCGUCAAAGGUUCAAUUGUACUGUUGAAAGAAGACAACAUCCCACCGAUGAAAUGGAGGAUCGGUCGAGUAAUGGAACUCCACCCGGGAACAGAUGACAUCGUACGAGUAGUAACAGUCAAAACCGCCACCGGAAUGUUGAAAAGAAACGUAAAACGACUCGCACCCUUGCCAACGCCCACAUCGUAA